GCCAGAGAAUCCACUAGUCUGUCAGAGAAAACAGUUAGGCGAGGAAGGUUCAUCAAACACUGAUUUCGUGACUUUUCGAAUUUUCAUCGCGGUCUCGUCGUCGUCUCGUCAUCGAAAUCGGAUCGAGAAGAAAGUUUGCACCGGGAUCGAGGAGAAGUAGUUCGUAUGUGCGCCGAGUGCGUUCGAAAAGGAAAACGUUGGAAAAGAUAACUGUUUCGAUACGUCACGACGUAUACGUAUACGUGAAAGAAAGUGAAAAGAAUGACAAGCGUGAAGCAGUUUGUUCGCUUUGCACGUAGACUGGGCCAGAUAUCAGAGAGUGGAACAAAAGUUGUAAACCGGUUCGUGAGAUAUGCGUCUACUCAAGCUCAACACAAAUUCAUAGAGGAUGAAAAUGGGAAAAAAAUUUUCCCUUCACCGUUUGGGGAUUUCACGCCUUCCGAUACCCUCGUUCAUGAAUACAUAUGGAAGAAUGUCGAGACGUUCCCUAAUCGCAUCGCAUUGGAAUGUGGGAUAACCGGGACAAAAUACACGUAUGCCAAAGCGAGGGACGCGAGUAACUAUAUCGCGAGAAGUUUGAGGAAUAUGGGUUUGAAGAAAGGUGACUUGGUGGCCCUAGUAGCGCCCAAUUAUCCGGAAACGAUUUUAGCUGCUGUCGGUGUCUUAGAAGCUGAUCUUAUUCUCACUACCAUGAAUCCUACCUAUACAAUCGAGGAAAUGAAGAAACAAAUAAAGGAUUGCGAGGCAAAUGCGAUCAUUACAGUUGCAGAAAUUGCACAUAUUGUUCUUGAAGCAAGAAAAAAUACUUCCGCGUCAAGUGGACCUUUCGUGGUUAUCGAGGAUGGUACCAGAUCUAUUCCCGAAGGCAGUGUGCCGUUUAAGGAUCUUAUCACACGAGGUAAAACAUUACCGCCUAUAACGCAUUAUCAAAUGAGUUCGAAUGAUCUAGCCAUAUUGCCAUAUUCCAGUGGAACGACUGGCAUGCCGAAAGGUGUCAUGUUGACGCACAAGAAUUUAGUAAGUAACAUGGAAAUGGUGGAAUAUACGACGAAAGAAAGGCUGUGGCGACAUACGACUGCCGAUUUUCAAGAGGUAGUACCUCUAAUUAUACCCUUCUUCCAUAUUUUCGGAUUGAAUGCCGCGACGUUGCCUCGUCUCUACAACGGUACAAAAAUAAUCACACUUCCAAAAUUCGUGCCGGAAGUAUUCGUGGACAUUUUGACGAAAAAAAAUAUAACAGGUUUGUUCGCAGUACCAUCUUUGAUCACGUUUAUAAAUAUCUGCCCUUUGCUUAAAAAGGAGAUUUUCCAAAAUAUACAUCACAUUAUCACCGGUGCGACACCAUUACCGGAGGUGGAUGUGGAGAGAUUUUACGAAAGAUAUCAGAUAAGCAGCGAUGACUUGAAAUUUUCUCAAGGAUACGGGAUGACGGAAACUUCACCAGUGAUUUGCUUAGAUUCGUGGAGUCGAAAACCAUCAAGUAUCGGGCAAAAUAUUGCCGGUUGCGAAAUACGAUUAGUCGAUUCGGCAACGAACGAGGAUAUCUCUGUAGCUGGUCAGAAGGGUGAAAUAUGGGCAAGGGGGCCUCACAUCAUGAAAGGAUAUUUAAACAACGAGAAGGCGACGAGCGAGAUGAUCGUCGACGGUUGGCUGAAAACUGGGGACAUUGGUUAUUUCGACGACGAGUUUUAUUUCUUCGUCACGGAUAGGAAGAAAGAUUUGAUCAAAGUUAAAGGAUUCCAGGUACCACCAGCCGAGUUGGAAGCUUUGAUAAAAAGACAUCCAAAUGUUAUCGAGGCAGCUGUGAUUGGUAUUCCAAACGAAAGGUUCGGCGAGAUACCUAAGGCUUUCGUAAUUCUCAAGGAAGGUAGCAAAACGACAGAUGACGAUAUCAAAAAUUUUGUAAAAGACAAAGUGUCGGAAUACAAGCAACUCAGAGGAGGAGUGACAUUCGUUGACAGUAUACCAAAGAACGCAUCCGGAAAGAUUUUACGAAACAAAUUGAAAAACGAGUACAAAUAGUAAAAGUUUAUGCUGAAGAGUGAAGAAGAAAAUUUCACGCUCCGAGGCCUCGAUUUACAUCUCGUACCGUAAUGGGAUCAAGAAUUAUCGAUUAAGAAAGGGUACGAUAUAUCGUUUCUGUAUUUCUGAUUGGCAUAAUGAAUGGCAUAUGAAUUAUUCAACUGUUAUAUUGAUGUAUGGUGAAAGAUAUGCUAAUAACGUUUUUUCACUUUGUUUUAUGUAUAAUAUUGUUAUCUCAUAAGUGUUUUACAAGUGCUCUUACUGAAGUGUCUUAUUGAUUACGACAAUUUUUUUUAAUAUUUUUACAUUUAUAUAUACAUAUAUACAUAUAUCUAUUUUGAAAGAAUGGGUUUAGUAAAAACAUAUAUAAAUACCGAUGUACUUAUUAGAAUAGCGGGAAAUAGCGGUAAAAAGAAAACGUGAUUACGAAGUACAUUUUUAAAAUUAUAUACGUAUAUCCUUUUAUUUUUUAAUAUCAUUUAAUAUACGCAAAUAUUAUCGGUUGUUGUGCAAUAUUUGACAAUGCAAUUAAUUUUUAAGAUUAUUUUUUAGAUUAUUAAAUUUUAUCGAUUUUUUAUAAAACAUUUGUACAAGAAAGUUACAGGGAUUUUAAACUUUUAAACAAUAAAAAUCUUUUAUAGUUUUACGGUUGUGUUAUAAAUAAUUGUUAUAAAUAAACAUUUUUCAACAAGCA